AACACGGCCACCAACAUCAAACCGAGGGUGCCCGAAACUAAAUGUAUUUAGCUAGCUCGGAGCUAAGUAUACAAUAACAGGACACAUGUCUUCCUCAAGUAAACUGCCGUUACAGAGCAGAAACUUACCAUGGGUUGAAAAAUACAGACCACAGAAGCUCGAUGAUCUGAUCUCACACAAAGAUAUUCUAAGCACCAUCCAGAAGUUUAUCAGUGAGGAAAAGCUUCCCCAUCUCCUGUUCUAUGGCCCUCCUGGAACAGGAAAGACUUCCACCAUCCUGGCCUGUGCCAAGCAGCUGUACAAGGACAAAGAGUUCACCUCCAUGGUGUUGGAGCUAAACGCAUCAGAUGACAGAGGUAUUGAUGUUGUACGCGGUCCUGUCCUUAGUUUUGCGAGCACCAGGACCAUCUUCAAGAAGGGCUUCAAGUUGGUGAUACUGGAUGAGGCCGAUGCCAUGACCCAGGAUGCCCAGAAUGCAUUGCGGCGAGUGAUUGAGAAGUACACAGAAAACACUCGAUUCUGUCUGAUCUGCAACUACCUGUCCAAGAUCAUCCCGGCUCUGCAGUCUCGAUGCACCAGGUUUCGCUUCGGCCCGCUGUCCCCAGACCAGAUGAUCCCUCGGCUGGAGUACGUGGUCCAGCAGGAGAGUAUCGACAUUAAUCCAGGUGGAAUGAAGGCCAUUGUGACCUUAUCAUCAGGCGAUAUGAGAAGAUCGCUGAACAUACUGCAGAGCACCAGCAUGGCGUACGGGAAGGUGACAGAGGACACGGUGUACACCUGCACAGGUCACCCCCUCCGCUCAGAUAUAGCCAACAUCCUCGACUGGUCGCUCAACAAAGACUUCACCUCAGCGUACAAGCAAAUCCUUCAGCUGAAGACUUUGAAGGGUUUGGCCCUGCAUGAUAUUCUCACUGAGAUUCAUCUGCUCAUACACAGAGUGGAUUUUCCUCCAGCUAUUCGGAUUGGUCUGCUCAUCAAGUUGGCUGACAUUGAACACAGGCUCGCCUCAGGAACCAACGAGAAGAUCCAGCUGAGCUCCAUGGUGGCAGCUUUCCAAGGCGUGAGAGACAUCGUGGUCAGCGAGGCCUCUUAGAUACAGUUUCCGCUUUACCCCACAACAACAUUUUGUCUCUUAAAAGCAAACCACUGGUGGAGACAAACGUUUUUACCAGUUUGUUUUCUGACUGCCAUCACGGAUCGGUACAUUUUUCAUGAUGGUCAAAUCGGUGGAAUCACAUUUUUGCUUAUUUAGAAAGAAAACAGAUGCCCUGAAGUGUCCACUGCAUGACUGCCCACCAACACUCCGUAGAGUUGAUGUACAGCGAAGAAACAAAACGCUCGCAGCCAUCUUAGUCACUCACAUCUGCAUACAAGCUGAGCAAAAAAAUGGAAGGCAGUCUUCAUAACUUUAGAAACCAAAAAUCCUUUGGGCGCUUAUAAUACGGACUUCGAAAACUUAAUUUAGUCUCUUGUGUAAGAGCAACU